GUGUGGAAAGCAGAGGGCAGAAGUGUGUGUGUGUGUGUGUGUGUUUCCUCUCCUCCCUUUCACCCCCGUUCAUCUUCUCUCUCUCAAAUGACAGUCUGAACACACACCGCAAACAGCAGGAUGAAUGCGUACCUGUACAAGAGCUCCGGACUCCAUCCAAAAGACUCAUUCAACAUGCUGUAACAUCAGGAAAACUGGCUCUGCAAGACAACAACACACACAGAGAGCUUGCAGAAUAAAAUGACCACUUCAUGAGGGCUGAGAGAUGACCAUGAACGGCCGUUGGUCCUUCAACACCCUGGCCAUCAUCUUUAUCCUGCUGUCCACUGCAGCUCUUUCUGCGCACUUCAGAGUGUGUGAGCCUUACUCCGACCACAAAGGGCGCUAUCACUUUGGCUUCCACUGCCCACGACUCUCCGAUAACAAGACUUAUAUCUUCUGCUGUCAUCAUAACAACACGGCCUUCAAGUACUGCUGCAACGAGACUGAGUUUCAGAGCGUCAUGCAGCUCAACCUCACCGCCAACCCAGACGGCUUCGCUCACAAUAACUACACGGCCUUGAUCGGUGUAUGGAUUUAUGGGUUUUUCGUGAUGGUUCUUCUGGCGCUGGACUUCCUCUACUACUCGGCCAUGAACUACGAGUUGUGCCGUGUCUAUCUGGAGAAAUGGGGUCUGGGGGGGCGCUGGCUCAAACAGGCCAGAAGUCAAUGGCACAGCACAGUUCAAGAGGGAGAACUCAACACCGGACCAGGACUGAGUCAACAACAACAACAACAACAACAACAACAGCUUCAUCUUCACCAUCAUCAUCACCAUCAUCAUCCACGACAGAGCUUGAGAGGAGACACACAGAGUCCAACACUCCUCUCCUUCCAGACCUCCACAGCCUGAUAUCCUGAUUUGAUCCCACGGAUUUACUCAGUACGACAAAGGAGGAACAGCCAGGAACUGGAGAUUUGGUUUCCUGGUCCCAUCUACAUUUAGGACACGGACUGUGCCGACUACCUCCUGCAGCUCCACUGGAUGAAAUUUUCUCCUCAUGCUGACGCUGAUGCUGAGACUGACAGCUGCGAAUGAGUUUCUCUGCCCAGUCAGCGGAGGCUUGUUCAGCUGGAUCUACGUUUCGACAGCUGUUGAAGGACUUUAAUGAGACUGUUGUCUUUGACAACCUCUGCCUUGCCUUGUCAUUUCACAAGUUAAGAUUUAGAUGCAGGGACUAGGAGCACAUUCAAGAGAGGAGGCUGCGGUGUCAAUAAAUCUCUACAGUAUGUCAUGUUUGCACUGCUCUGAAGCCAUUGGCUGGCUUUUAGUUUUUUUGAAGUAGCUACAUUAUUUUUUGUUUAUUUGACCCUAAAGGAUACAGUGUAAGGAUACAGUAUUUAAAGGUCACAUUAACUGAUGUUCUGCAGGGAAUUUUAUGUGAAAUUCGCCAGAGCAGAAUCCCUAGCAAAGUCAAGCUGGUCAUGCAGAAUCUGCAUGCUGACCAACAGAAAGACGAUGUUUGGUUUGAAUGUGAUUUGAGGCCUGUGCUUCAUACAUCGUUAUACUACAAAAGACAGUUUACUUUGAGUAACCGUACCAUAAGGUGCCAUUCACACAGAAUGAAAAAAACCCAGGUCAGUAAAACCGAAAACAAAAAAUUUAAUUGUCUUUAGCUUACUGUCUUUAAAUUGAGCGUUGCAUUUAUAGAACAAAAAUGAGCUCAGCUGUCAGGUUCUUGAAGUUAAAAACAGAUUCUUAAUGAUGGAUUUUAAUGAUAUUAACAAUAAAAAGUAUAUAGAGGGCACUGUUGUGAGCUCCGAGGUUGCCAAAUGACAAGUACAGUUAUGUUGGUUGCACAUUUUGGACAUAGACAAGAAAAUUAGAUGUCCAACAUAUAUUUUAGUGAAUUUUUAAUGGACACAUAUCCAAGUUAGUUGAAUUUUAAAGCACAGAAAUUCAUAAAAUACUAGAUAAAAACAGAAUAAAAAUCUAGAUAUGAAAACUAGAAGCUUUCAAAUUAUCCAUGGUUGUUUUAUAUACUAUGGUAUUAUGGUUUAAAAUAUUUAAAGGGAGUGUUUAUUCAAAACUGAAAAUUCUGUCAUCAUUUACAUUCCCUCCACAUGUUCCAAAACUGUUUGACUUUUAUUUUAACACAAAAGAAGACAUUUUAAAAAAUGUUGGUACUGGUAACCAUUCACUUCCAUGGUUCUUCUUGUUCCUACUAUGGAAGUCAAUGAUUACAGGUUUUCAGUUUGCAUUAUGUGUUCAGCAGAAUAAAGAAAGUCAUUAAGGUUUGGAACCACCAGAGGGACUCAAUAGUGAGUACAUUUCCAUUUUUGGGUGAAUAUGUCUUUAAGUGCAAAAAUGUCCCACCAUGACAGCUGAAUUCACACUGAAUUCACACAUUUUCAUACAAUUCUGCACAACAAAUCCCACCAAAAGAAAGCAUUAGCUCCGCUCUUUUCCAAACUGCAUACACUCAAAAACCUUUUUGCUGCUCCUUCAAACUGCGUGUUUAAAAUGAGCUCAAGCAACACAAUUCUUGAGCUUUUUUUAUGGAGACAACUUAAUUGUUUGACGUUCAAUCUACUUAAAUUUAUAAAAACAAUUCACUUAUUAGAUUUGUGUUGGGACAACAUGGAGGAAUUUUGAUCCAAUUUUCAUCUACAUGUUGCUUCAAAUUAUUUUAUUUACAUAUAAAAACAAUAAAAAACCAGCAGAAUAAAAUGCACAAAUGUCUUCUGCGUGAAUGGCACCUUAAACCUGGCUGACACCCUUUACAAUUUUCUCCUUCAGAUUCCAGAAAGGCUCAUUUCAAACACUUUGAAACGUUUGUAACUACUGAAAUUUUAGGGUGAGGAUAUCAUUUCUACAAAAAUACAAUAGAAUAACUAUUUAGUGUCAUUUAUCCACCAUAAAAAGUGGCAUUGCUUCAUUGAGUGUAGAUCUGGAUAGUCAGUUCAUUGUAGAAAUACAGCACCAUCUUAUUUCCCCCCUAUUGAACUUGUGCACUAAGUUGAAACCAACUAGACAUAGGUAAAAGUAGCCACUGUUAGGCUGUGAGUAUUCACCUGCAAUAACACACAGCGCUGUGCUGACUUGUGUUGUGUAUAGAGGAGAACUUGUUGUGAUCUUGUUUAUCUAUUUAAGGUGAAACUAAUAGUUUUUCGACCCUCCUGGAGGGAAGAGAGGUGUGUUCUGUUUUGGAGUAAUAAGUUAUAAUGGUUAUAAAUUGCCUUACGGUAAACCUGUAGUUCAUGCCUAGCACCUUGUUCUGUGAUAGUGGUUGGUACCUCAGUUGAAAUGUGUGAUCUGGCCGUCCACCUGUUAAACUUCUCUGUUUUUAUUAUGGGCUCGCUGGGUGGG